AUAGCGUCCAGAUAGUGGCGAUAGUGCCGAACACACAAUAUGCGCACCGGACGGCUUCAGUCGCAGACCUUGGCCGCACUGCCCGCCUCGCGGACCGCACCGCCGUGAACCCUGCUGCUCUCGGGACCAUCACAGCACAAGAAAACGCGGCUCUAAUAUGUGGAGCCCAGACGUGACCAAAGAAUCAGUCCACCAGCCUCCUCCAAUGAUGCAUCAACCUCACCAAGGAAUGCACCCUCCACCCCCAGUCAUGCACCAACCUCCGCCAGCGUACGCGGCGGCGGCGCCGGCUGGUCGAACCGUGACAAUCAUCGCCAUGCCAAACCUUUCCCACAAUCCAGCCCACCUCACCUGCCCCACCUGCAACUCCAAGGUCGUCACCGACGUGGAGUAUGUGACUGGCACCAGGACACACGCGGGUGCCAUCGUCUUGUGCAUGAUCUGCUGUUGUCUUCCAGGCCUCAUCCCCUACUGCUGCGACUCGUGCAAGACGGCUGUCCACACGUGCCCGGUGUGCAAACAGUCCCUGGGCGUCCACGAGCCGUAGGAGAGUGGCGCUGCGCUUUGAAACGUUGACGAAAGCGAGACCAAGAAAUACGCUCACUCUUUUCCCUAGUGUCAGACAGUCCAGCAUGUUGGCCCUCAGUACUUGGGUAGCUUAAGGGUUAGUUUUUGCUGUUAGGGAGUGUUUGUUUUUCUGACAGAAUAUCAACGUCAAUCACGGUUAAAAGUCAACAAUAACUUAUUUUAAUGUAUAUUUAUUUAUUUUGUAACCUAGUUAAGUUAAUAUCUUGUAUGGAUGUCAACUAUUUUAAGAUUAUUUAAAACCGAUUAAAACAAAAUUAAGACAACA